AUGGCUACUCAAUUGGAUGCGACUGUCGUUCAAGUCAUUAUCGAUUAUUCUUUCCGCAAUACAGAACAUCUCAUGCAAGCUUUGACAGCAGCCGGUGCAGAAGAGGACAACCAUGAUGGUAAUCGAAGACUCGCUCAUCUUGGAAGCACUUUGCUCCGAUUUAUUUUGAGCCUUCUUGUAUUUGAAACUGCACCAAGUCGAAGCGGGAUAACAAAGCUCGAAACGUCCAUCAUAUCGGUUGCCCAGCGAGCCUCGGUCGCUGAACAAAGUGGUAUUGACAACUUUAUCAAGUAUAGCGAAAAACCGGGUGCACGAUCCCCCAGGGUGUUAGCUCUCGCGAUCGACGCCAUAAUUGGAGCAGUUUAUGUCGACUCAGCAGACUUCAACGCUUCGUGGAAGGUAGCUUUGAAAUUGAAAUUAGUCUCCACCACCUGCCUCGGAAACUCUGCGUUUCUCGCACGGCCCUUGUCUGGUCUACACAAAUUACCUUCAUCAUUCGCCCGAAGCAACACACCCGAAGACAUGGCAAACUUUUUGCGACCUGUAUUCAGCAUCGGUACCCCAUACGACCCAGAUAUGCGACCCUCCAUUGGGCUUGAUGGGACAAUUGGCGCUGUGACGUCUGCACGUAUACCUAGCCCGAUGAAUCAACUCUCGUACUACGAGUUACCGAUAAGCGAUGAUACACAGCUUUGGACGUCCAUACAGCGAUCUUCGAGUAGAGACUACCUUCAUACAGAAUAUACUGGUGAUGCCAUCAGUCGGGAGUCAGCUUUCGACGUUCGUGGAAUUCCCCACGCACGAAACGACCUGUUUCUUGCUACCGGAGACAGUGAAGAAAACCGUGUCAACUUUUUCGAUCAGAAAAGUAACCGAGCCCAAGUUUCGCAAGGAGAGCCAACAAGGGGUCAAGGCGGUCAAGCUCUGCUUGAUGAUGACUGGCUAAACUCAUUUCUUGACGAAGAGAACAAAAGAUGCCGGACUCACCAGUAUCCGCUUCCUCUCGAAACUUUCCUUGCUCCGCGUAUCCAAACGGCUCUGGUUGAUAUUGAUGCACGUCCAAGGGUGCUAGCCAAAUUCUUGAUCCACGUUGCCAGUGCAGAGACUUUAGUCACCUUGCGAAACGUCGUCCUAUCAUACCGAGAACGGCCCCUAUCAGCUUCCCUUGGAAUGAGGCCAAGUCUGUCGGUCAAAGAACGUUUCAAUAUCAUAGGCCUCCUUGACACCGAAAUUGCUUGGCGCCGGCUGCUCCGGAUGUACCAUAUCUUGGAGCUGUACAAAGCCUGUAGAGGGGCAGGGUGCGCGGAGAAAAUCAUUGUCACUACGCCUACCUCGUUUCCGACGCGAAAGCGGAAAGCAGGAAACCCACUCCAUGCCGCAGAGGCAGAGAUUGCAGAGAGAAUGAUGAAGAGCAUUUAUCCUGAUGCCAUCCAAGGCACUAAGGACUAUGAGGGACAGAAGGCCACUUUAAAGCGUGUUCGGAAGCUUGGCCAGCGAUUACAUAUCUUGGUAACCAAGUUCGGGAAUGGCAUUCUUGCCCUGAUGUUGAACGAUGACAUGAAAGGCUUGCAAAUAUCAGAGCAAAUGUGA